UAGAAGAUGAGGCGCGUCCGUCCUCCCAAGGAAAAACGUUUCUUGUAGGAAGUGCACCUUCGGAGGCACCUACUGUCGCAACUACUUCUCCUGGCGAACAAGUCCUAAAUAUGGAGCCGAGCUGCGAAGGUGACUUCUUAGCCAAGGUCGGAGACACGGUAGAGUCACAGUGGCGUCAGUUCGCGGACAUGUCCGGUUUUCCAGCGCUGUCGAGUCCAGCAAACGCACUGGCAAACGAACUGUACUUAUGGUUGACUCCAAAAAUUGGAUCUAAGGGAAAAUAUACGGUUUCACUUUGCAAUCGUUUUAGCGUAUGAUCGAAUUUGUAGCGCAUGCGGUUUGCGCCGCGCGCUGGGACGAGAGGUCUAAGGAGUACCUGUAAUUCAAUUAAAAAAAAUCAUGGUCCGCCCUCACUACCUUUUUGACGAUGAAUCUUGCUCUGCAUCUAAAUUUGGCGAAUCACGCGACUGAGGUGCCUGCUCGUACAACAGAGCCAUCGAAGACAGAGACUCCACAGCAAACCACAAUCGAUGAGGACCACAAGACGCCCAUUUUGCACCCAAGCCUGGUCGCAAUUCCUGAAGUGUUGCCUGCCUUUCUCGAAGCCACAGUGGAGGAGCUGGAGCAUCGAG